AUGAAUGUUUUUGAUGUCCCAGACCACGACCCACUACCUGAACCAGUCGUUGAGGAAUUCAAGCAAGGAUUCGUAGACGCACUUAAUCCUGAGUGCAGCUUCUAUAAGCUGACUAUACGUCUACCUCUGGAAAAAAGGCUGGUCAUCGCUGAGUGCUUUCUGUCUGGGCGGCUUCUUUACACAAAAGCUUUACCAAUCAUGCACCUUACCACGUUUGAGAACCUCUCCAGGUUCGCUGAGUGGGAACGUGCUGACAAGAUUGUGAUUGCGGUGUAUAGAGAAUUGCCCAAUAGGAACCAAAUUUAUAGAACUCUCCGAUGCUUAGGGUUCAAACAAGUUGAUCCGAAAGUGCAGAAAGAACUAUGCAAGGUGCCUGCUGUUUUGUUCUGGUUAGACUUAUAA